CCGUAGACUUCCGUAGUGAUCAGAUUCAAACUUAGAUAUUUUUGCAUGUCUGGCCUAUGUUUACCAUCUCUCUCUCUCUCUCGUUCUCUUUCUCUUUCACUUUCUGAACCAGGAAGGAGCGGACCACUUCGAAUGGUAUACUUACCUUUGCAUGAGCUCUCUCUUAACCACAACAGACUGGUACUAAGUUGUAAUAGCCUAAUGUAGGUUAUUUUACUCUUUUGUAAGUACAUUUUCGGAAUAACCCAAGUAUUUCAAGUAUAUUUUAAAGCUUUUCUUUAAGAAGGACUUUCCAUAUUAAGAAGACCCAAAACGGAACUCGUCAGUCACUUCAGGAAAAUACUUUUGUUUCUCAAAUCUUAAACUCUUUUUAUAUUAUCAACCAACUCCAUCGAACUAAUGGAUCUAAUAAUUCAGGCUUUCUUGUAUGGGACAUGUUUCGUCAGCUUCAUUAUGGGACUUCAUGAAACAGUCCAGAAGGACUUUGGAGAUGUGUUGUUCAUUCCUCUGUAUAAUCACACAGAAGUGAAAAUUGUGUUCCAGUCAUCUCAGUCUGUCAAACAUGCUGCCUUCUGCAAAGUCCAUGGAGAUCUUGUGAACUGUUCCUCAUGGUUUCAGCACCGUGUGACAGUGCAAGAUGACUUUGUAAAUGUAAAUAAACUCACACCAGCUGACACAGGGAAAUAUAUGAUGUCUGAUUUGCACGGAAAAAAUAUUGUCACCAUGGCACUAAGUGUAGAAGUGUAUCAGCAAGAGUACAUAGAGUAUGCUGGAAAAAAUGUGGAAAUCUCCAUACCCCACAAGCAGCCAUCUAUCUUACUGUUUCGUCCAACAAUCUUCGGGGAACCUUUUCAGUUGUGUAUUAUACAAAACGGCAGUGGACUAUGCCAUGCUGGCUUUACUGAUUCUAUUUCUGUGGCGAAUAACAAAAUACAAGUGAACGAUCUCACUUCCCAACACCAUGGGAUAUAUGAAUUGAUACACGAGGACCACAAUAUUACUCUGUGCAACAUCUCAGUUCAUAUCAAGGGUCACAAAGAAUCUGUUUCUUUACAACCUGGAGCAGUUCUGAUUAUCAAUUUUUACACCCACACCGCAGUGGUGGUUCAGUUUGUACCCGAAAGUCAUCAGAAGUCGAAACGGCUCUUAGUAAACGGCACCACGAUCCAAGACGGCAACGUUGAGCUGCGCUCGGGAUACCUCAUCCUCAGAAGUGUCACCCCCGCUUAUCAGGGCUACUACCAGGUUUAUGAUUUAAGUGAAGAGCAUCUUUACAACGAGGUUAAGGUCAUUGUGAAAGAGUCAUUAAGCAUCAUGGAGUUUCACCAGGGGUUUGAAAAUACAGAAGACAAAACCUUGCCGGAACCUGAAACUUCUAUGUUCAUUACAGCGAUGGUCCUGAGUGCCUUAAUUAUAGUCACUGCUCUAACUGUCACAGUUGUAUAUGUAAAGGGAACAAAGAGAAGGGGAAAACUGGUAAAGUCCCGCACAGAACCGAAAACAUCCACAGACUUUCACAGGGUCCAGACAGUCUAAAAUCAGUGCUGUCAACAUUAACGCAUUAACGCUUGUCCUUAAUCUGGAAACCUUAACAUAUGGGGCGAUGGUGGUGCAGGAGGUAGUGCUACCGUUCGGCAACCGGAGGGUUGCAGGUUCGAGCCGCGGGUCCUCCCAAAUUGCUCCCGGUGAGCUGGUUGGCGCCUUGCAUGGCAGCCUCUGCCACCG